UGUCAUGCUUUCGUCAUCGUCAUUGCCCGUUCCGCUUUGUCGUUUACAUCUGUUUAUGUCGCCAGAUAUUCUUUACCAGUGUAGCUAGUUAGCUAAAGGUUAAUGGUGUUUUCCGUACCGAGGUGGAUUUACAUUUACCGCUGCUGCCAUUGAACGAAAUGUACGAAGAAAAGGCGCACGAGGGGUUUAAAUGUGUGGUCACUGUUAAUGGGACCAACCUGACAGAAAGCUGAGGCACAACAGCUCUAAUACGUGUAAUUGUUCAAGCUAGUUAGGUGUCGAAAUGUAAGGGGAGAAGUUCCGCGAUGAAAGCCGCUUUUAGUCCUCUGGUGUGAAUCGGUUUCGCUUCACAUGCUUCCUCCUCAGACGCUCCUCCUGGCUUUGACACAGCUCUCCACUGUCACCUGAUUACAAGGAAACCGACACCGAGAUAGAGGGGAACGUCUUUGUGUCCUACCAAAGUAUAUAUACCAAAGUAGAACUUGCUGAACGGACUGACACGAUGAGGAGUGUGUGUGAAAUGCUGGUGACAUGUGAAAAGGGGAACUGAGAAAUGGUCUGUAGUCAUUCAGCUCUGUCGACCAACUUUAGCUAGUUUAUUAAACUUGGUUUAGCCCUGUCAAUGUAGCCGCUGAAGGUUGGUGUUGAGCUUUUCCUCAGUGUUUCGUCUCCCACGAGCCAGCAUGUCGGACACGGAGAGGUCUCUGCCAGCCCUCAAGAGACUCAGCUAUGCGGUGGGACACUUUCUGAACGACCUGUGUGCCUCGAUGUGGUUCACAUACCUACUGGUGUUCUACCACUCAGUCCUGGGAUUCGAGAACACAUAUGCAGGUGUGUUGCUGCUGGUUGGCCAGGUAGCUGAUGGCAUCUGUACGCCUCUCAUUGGCUAUGAGUCAGACCUAACGCCUGGCUGUGGCAACUACGGCAAGAGGAAGACAUGGCAUUUAGUUGGUACACUGAGCGUGAUGCUGUCCUUUGCCUUCAUCUUCAACCAGUGUCUGGGCUGUGGCUCCCUCACCCCUCAGUGGGCCAGUUUGACCUACUUCAUCCCGUUCAUCAUCGUCUUUCAGUUCGGCUGGGCCGCCACCCAGAUCUCCCACCUGUCUCUCAUUCCAGAGCUGGUCACCUGUGAGCACGCUAGAGUCGAACUCACUGCAUACAGGUAUGCGUUCACAGUAAUAGCCAACAUCACAGUGUAUGCAGUUGCUUACCUGCUGUUCCACAUCCAGGCCAGAGAGGAUGACGACCCGCUCAGUGACAUGCUCGGACCACAAGAUAUCCAUGUCUUCAGGAAUCUGGCGUUGAUCGUGCUGGGCAUCGGCGCUCUCUUCUCCCUCCUCUUCCACCUGGGAAUCGCAGAGAGGAGCCCUGGAGCAGAUGGGGAGGCUGGAGGAGAGCAGGGGAGGAAGAGGAUGGAGGAAGAUGAGCCGAGGCCUCUUCUGCAGUGGAAAUGUUGGCUGCAGCAGCCUUCUUUUUAUCAGGUGGCCUUACUCUACAUGUCCACCAGGUUAAUGGUCAAUCUGUCUCAGACGUACAUCUCCAUGUAUCUCAUCAACACUCUGGGGCUGCCCAAGAAGUUCAUCGCAACGAUCCCACUCGUGAUGUACCUGAGUGGCUUCCUGUCCUCCUUCAUCAUGAAGACUGUCAGUAGACUCAUUGGAAAGUGUCUCACCUACUUCGUGGGCCUGCUGCUGAUCAUGGCAUUCUCCUACUGGGUGCUUUUGGACGAGAAGAUG